UGCAGUGACCAGUGGGGGGAAGAGGAGGGGAGAAACUCCUGGAUGUUCGGGAGGGAAAGCAACGUCGGAGUCAGGGUGGGACUGCCGAGCGGUACAGUCUCGUCUUCGUCGAUCGUCCAACACAGAACACAAUGGCGGAUAAGGACAAGAAGGUAAAGAAGAAGAAGGCGAAGGAAGACGCACCAGCAGAAGAGGCCCCGGCUGCGGCGCCCGCUGCGCCCGCGUCUGGUGGUGGAAGCGAGAGGCAGUCCUCUCGUGGAAGCCGCAAGGCCAAGCGCACCGGCUCCAAUGUCUUCUCUAUGUUCUCACAGAAACAGGUCGCCGAAUUCAAGGAGGCCUUCCAACUGAUGGAUCACGACAAGGACGGCAUCAUCGGCAAGAACGACCUGCGCGCCACCUUCGACUCGCUCGGCAGGCUCGCCUCCGAGAAGGAGCUCGACGAGAUGGUGAACGAGGCCCCCGGCCCCAUCAACUUCACGCAGCUCCUCACUCUGUUCGCGGGCCGCAUGUCCGGCGGCUCCGACGAGGAUGACGUCGUCAUCAGCGCCUUCAAGACCUUCGACGACGAAGGCAAGAUCGACUCCGAGAGGCUGAGGCACGCGCUCAUGACCUGGGGAGACAAGUUCUCCGCCGAGGAGGUCGACGAGGCGUACGACCAGAUGGACAUCGACGACAAAGGCUUCAUCGACACCACCAAGCUCAUCACCAUGCUCACGGCCAGCGGCGAAGAAGAAGAAGGCGGUGAAGCCGCGUAAAUUCCACCGUUUACUUUAAGGUCUGAAGCAAUGAAGUCACCAGCAGUCGCCCCCCGACCAGGGUCCACGGUCUCAACACCAAAACCGUUUUUAUUUUAAUUUAUAUAAUUUAUUGUUUCCAUUUUUUAAUUUAUAUAUAAUGAAAAUAUAGUUCUACUAUUACCAACUCGUGUAGUACUAUCCCCGACAACGUGAAAUGUGACCCGCAAGACAUAAUAUAUUUUGUAAAGAAUACUAUGUAUUCACUUUUAAUAAAGGUUAAAUCAAG